ACGAGGCGGCGGCCGGGGACCCGGACCUGUGGGCUUGCUCCGUGCUGACGCGGCCCGGGGAGACUCCAGCGCCGCCUCGCACGGCGCGAGCCCGGGGUCCGGAGCCCUUCCCCGAGCGCCCUGGCGGGUGGGCGAGAGCCAUCGCCGCCCCAGUCCUAGCCCCGUGUACCUUUGAGGGGCCCUGUUGACGCUGCGUGGCGAGGCAGAAGUAUGGCCCCGAGGCUCGGCUUCCCGGGCCGCUGCCUCGCCCGCAGGCCACGGUUUCCGCGUCUGCUGCUCUGGGGCGUGACCUGCCACGCCGUCGUCCGCGGCCUUUUGCAAUCGGUGCUGGAAGGAAGGGCCGGCCUUGCGCCGCUUUCCAGAAACAAGUCAAGCCACGACCCGGGCUAUUGUGAAACAGGAGCGAAGUCAGCCCUGGCUCUCGACUUUUGGACUCUCUCCUCUGAGAACCUUCUAGCUGUGUUGCCCGUUGACCCGGUUAAAGAAAAUUAUGUUCGUAAAGUGAAAAACUGCAUUUUUUCAAUUGCCUUUCCUACUCCUUUCAAAUCAAGAGUACGGCUUGUAGCAGUUUCAAAGAAAGUUCUAGAAGAUAUUUUGGACCUUGAUUUAUCUGUCUCAGAAAGAGAUGAAUUUAUCCAGCUUGUAAGUGGUGAAAAGAUCCCGUUUGGAUCGAUUCCAUUGGCUCAUCGAUAUGGUGGCCACCAGUUUGGGAUAUGGGCUGAUCAGCUUGGGGAUGGAAGAGCCCACCUUCUUGGAAUUUAUUUGAACAGGCGGGGUGAAAAAUGGGAGCUCCAGUUAAAAGGCUCAGGAAAGACACCAUACUCUAGAAAUGGUGAUGGCAGGGCAGUACUUCGGUCCUCAGUGAGAGAAUUUCUGUGCAGUGAGGCCAUGCACUACCUUGGGAUUCCAACAAGCAGGGCUGCAAGUCUGGUUGUGAGUGACGACGAUGUGUGGCGAGAUCAGUUCUACAACGGAAAUAUUACGAAAGAACGAGGUGCAGUAGUGCUGCGGGCUGCAAAGUCAUGGUUUAGAAUUGGAUCGUUAGAAAUUUUGGCUCACUAUGGUGAACUGGAUUUACUGAGGACAUUAUUGGAUUUCAUCAUUCGGGAAUAUUUCCCCUCAGUAAAUGUCAAAGAACCUAAUAGAUAUGUGGAUUUUUUUUCCAUCGUGGUAUCUGAGACGGCACAACUUAUUGCCUUGUGGAUGUCUGUUGGUUUUGCUCAUGGUGUUUGUAAUACUGAUAACUUUAGCUUAUUAUCCAUCACAAUUGAUUAUGGUCCAUUUGGUUUUAUGGAGGCCUAUAACCCAGAUUUUGUACCAAACACAUCUGAUGAUGAAAGAAGAUAUAAAAUAGGAAAUCAGGCCAAUAUUGGGAUGUUUAAUUUAAACAAGUUGUUACAAGCAUUAAACCCAUUACUGGAUCCUAAGCAAAAGCAGCUUGCUGUUCAGAUUCUUGGGACAUACCCUGCUGUUUAUUAUACAAGAUUUAGAAACUUAUUCAAAGCCAAAUUGGGACUACUUGGAGAAAGGCAGGGUGAUGACGAUUUAAUUGCAUUUCUCUUACAUCUCAUGGAAGAGACACAGGCGGAUUUUACAAUGACGUUUCGGGAGCUCAGUGAGAUUACACAAAGGCAGCUACUGGAGCUCAGUAUUCCCCAGCAAUUUUGGGCCCUGAAGACUGUCUCACAGCACAGACUCUUUCCUGUGUGGGUAUCCCAGUACCUUUUGAGACUGAAGAGUAACAUGAAUGACACAGAUUCUGAAAGAAUAAGAAGAAUGACAACUGUGAACCCCAGGUAUGUCCUGAGGAACUGGAUGGCAGAAUCUGCAGUGCAGAAAGCAGAAGGGAAUGAUUUUUCAGAGGUCCGUCUCCUCCAGCAAGUGCUCCAGCGCCCGUUCCAGACACAGUCUACAGCUGAGAAAGCAGGCUACUCCUCACCUGCUCCUUCUUGGGCUAAAGAUCUCAGAGUUAGUUGCUCAUCUUAAUUUGGGAAAAAAUAAAUGAAGGAAUCCUUCUAUCACUGAACUCAGCAUAGAAUAAUUGAUUUUGAGCCAGCAUUGUGGUGCAGCAGGUUAAACUGCCUGUGAUGCCAGCUUCCUAUAGGAGUGCUGGUUCAAGUCCCAGCUGCUCCACUUUCCAUCCAGCUCCCUGCAGAUGCACCUGGGAAAGCAACAGAAGAUGGCCUACAUGCUUGGGUCUCUGCUGUCCACCUAGGAGACCCGGAGUUCCUCGCUCUUGGCUGUUGUAGCCAUUUUGGGAAUGAAUCAACAGAUGGAAGAUCUCUUUCUCUCAUCUCUCUUUUUCUCUCUGUCACUCUGCCUUUUAAAUAAAUCUAUUUUUUUGAAAAAGACAAAUAUGAGAAAGGACUAUUAUUUAGAAUAUGCAAAAAGUCAAAACUCAGCAAUAAGAAAAUAACUCAGUUAAAAAGGCCAAAAUAUCUCAACAGAUAUCUCACAAAAGGAGAUAUCUAGGUGGUGCAUUAGAUACAUGUAAAAAUGCUCACCAUUGUAUGUCAUUAAAGAAUUGCAAAUUAAAACAGUGAAAUACUA